CAUGUUUUACUCCUCAUGCAGUGGUCCUCUUUCCUGGAUUGUGAAGGUAGAGUCACAGACUCGGAAGCAGUAAGAAAGAGGAUAUUUUACGGAGGAGUCGAACAAGGUCUACGUAAAGAGGUGUGGCGAUUUCUGUUGGGAUAUCAUUCAUAUGAUUCAACUUAUGCGGAGAGGGAAUACCUUGUGUCUGUCAGAAAGUCGGAAUACGAAACGAUAAAAAACCAGUGGAAGAGCAUCUCUAAGGAGCAGGCUAGAAGAUUUACAAAAUUUCGAGAGAGGAAAGGCCUUAUUGAAAAAGAUGUGGUGAGGACUGAUCGGUCAAUUUCAUUCUAUGAUGAGGAUGACAGCCCAAACAUUAAAUAUUUGCGUGAUAUACUGCUGACUUACUCAUUCUACAACUUUGAUUUGGGUUACUGUCAGGGCAUGAGUGAUCUCCUUUCACCAAUAUUAUAUGUCAUGGAAGAUGAAUCAGAAUCAUUUUGGUGCUUUGUGGCAUUGAUGGAACGACUAGGACCGAACUUUAACCGUGACCAAAAUGGAAUGCACUCUCAGCUUUUUGCAUUAUCAAAGUUGGUGGAGUUGUUAGACAGCCCUCUGCAUAAUUACUUCAAACAGAAGGACUGCUUGAAUUAUUUCUUCUGCUUCCGCUGGGUUCUUAUACAAUUCAAAAGGGAGUUUGAAUUUGAGAAAACAAUGCGGUUGUGGGAGGUAUUAUGGACGCAUUAUAGGAGUGAGCACCUUCAUCUGUAUGUCUGUGUCGCAAUUCUGAAAAGAUAUCGCAGCAAAAUAAUAAGAGAUGAGAUGGAUUUCGACACGCUAUUGAAAUUUAUCAAUGAGCUGAGUGGCCAUAUUGACCUGGAUGCUAUUCUCAGGGAUGCAGAGGCUUUAUGUGUAUGUGCUGGUGAGAAUGGUGAAUCUUGCAUACCUCCCGGAACUCCACCUUCAUUACCACUUGACGAUGCUUCAAUGUACUAUCAACAGGAUGAUGAUGAUGUACUAUAAUUUCUUCUUAGGCUGUAAAAUUUCUUGGUUCGAUAAAUGACCUUCACGAUCAACGGUAUUUUUCCAUGUGCAUAUAAUGAAUUCAUGUAAAGGGGACGAAGCAGAUUUUUGCUAGCCAUCUCUUCCACGUCAGUUCUUUUACUA